GACCCACCUGAGUACCGUCGUCGUAGCCCAUGGGCCAAAAAUAAACAUGACCGCAUAGUAUAAACGAUGGCGAGUCCAUACUCCACCUCAAAAGCCACUCUUAGACACACGACUGCCAAUACCAAGGCAGAGUUUGGCUCUCCUGCGCCUCCUAGUGCUACCACACCUGCACCAUCAACUACUGCACCUAGUAACGACGAGUAUCCUGAGCAAAGACAUGCAGGUCGUGUCGGGUUGGGACCCAACUAUGGAAAGGGAGCGAGCGGAGGUGAUAAGCUCGCUGGGUGGAAAGAAGAGCUCGCAGGCAAGAUCACCCGCAACCCUGAUAAGGUGCAUCAUGGACAUGAUCUCCGAACGGGAGAGCUGAAAAAGAAAGAGCAGGAAGAGGAGAAGAAUCCGUUUGAGAAGAAUUCAUGAAGUGGAUUGGACGCAUAGACAU